CGUGAUGAUGAAUAAAUAAGUGCUCUUGUCGAUGCAGAGGACUACCAAGUGGCCAAUGUUCUCUAACUUGAGCCGUAUCUCCGCCCUCAACUCACUCCAUGAGUCCAGGAAUCAUUUAGUUAGGUGUGGCCCGGGUGUAAAGCCGGUGCCGGUUCAGUGACGUAGACGAUACAGGGCCCGUUUGCUAUGUUACCGUUCACGUCUGAACUGAUAAUGCACGCACUAAAACAUGGUCAGAGGUUGAUUACGAUUCGGUUCAAGUGUGUCUCAUUUAUGGCUGAAAGUUUGCCAGAAUCGGAGAGCAUCCAUUCUCAUCAGGCAGCUAACUUGCUCAAAUGACUGUAGAACACAAAGGAGACUAGCUUUCAUUUUAGUCAUACACUUAGGUUGCUCUAACAGUAAUAACCGCCCGUUCUACCACAACCUAUUACCUCAGGCGACCACAAUCGGCCUACCAACAUGGAUCCAGCAACGCAAGGCAUGAAACAUGGAUGAGGCGGCAAGUUGUAAAUGAUACCUGAUGAGACGGGUUAUCAUGAGCCAAGGAUUAGGUUCCUAGCUUCAUUACCCUUUGCAUGGUAGCAUGGUCUAGCAUUCUAUCAAUAAUCCUUGUUAAGUGGUAGUUCAAGUUCCUCCCUAUCCUAUGUUGCAAUUGUAUAGAAGAGGCAUAUUUCUCCUGUUACACAGCUGAAAGACAACGGCUUUAUCGAUGUCUAUAUAACUUACCUAGGUGGUUUCUCCUUUUUACUAGUUUCCCAAGGUUUUGUUUGGGCUAAAACAAGCUUGAGCUCGAGCGCAUGCAUCUAAAGUAUGUGCUCAGGUAUAACCCUUACAUGAGCUCCCGCAUCUUUAGACUUAAGCCAAUGCAUAAACAUUACUUGGCUGGGUGUUACUUAACUUUCCUGGAGGAGCAUCCUGUUCACUAGAGAUCAUUCACACAUCGUUCUUUAUCAGAGAAAAGCACACACACGCCCCCAUCCAUAGGUAGGUUCCCACAAGCUUGAUUUCUAAACCCCAUGGUCUUUACUGAGUACCUAGGUAAGUAUUAACUUUAGAGCGGCGGCCUAGUCAAAACGAUCGAUAUUUCGCAGGUCGUUCAGCAGACGAACAUGUAUUGUAUAUUGGAGUUCGUCUCUAGGAACACGCACAAAUGAGUUGUAUCUGUUCAGAUGCUGUUUCAGGAUCAAGGUAGUUAGCAUAUUGACUCAAAAGCAUUCAUCAUGUACAGAAACCGUAGCCAAGCAGGAUGCUAAUAGCUUACCACACGACCCAGUCUCCAAAUAGCAACAUAAGCAGUUACUAUUAGACCUUGUCCACCGAAUGAAGAGUCAUACCGAUGGCCAAGACAUGUCAUAUCAUACGAGGCUAGGCGUAUGUUAUUCUCAAGCUCGGCGACAUGAAUGUAGCCAGUGGCUAAGAUAACGGAGAAAUGUCAGAUGAGGGCACUCGGGGAUAUGCCAUGUCCAUAGUAAAUAUUGUGAGUCUCACAACAUCUAAGUCAUGUUGAUUCUGGUUAUCAGCCAGUUUAGCCCAUCCGCAUUAUUCCAACAACUACUUCUUACGUACAAGAACAGGGGACCAUUCACGCAUGGCAUCGAAGCUCAGUAUAUGCCUUAUUAUUUAGAAAAGGGGGGAUGGGUCAUGAUAAGUGGUUAAAUUUAUAAAAUAAAUGGUUACAGAGGUUUGGUACAGAAGUAGGUGCCUGCUAAGGCAAGGUAUCGUAAUGACGAAGGCCUCCAUACCACUCACCAUCUUCUUUAUUGGUGCGGGGCAUUACGCAUUAGUUAGGAAAUCCAAACCUGACUGUUGGCGGGGUCCAGAAAAAAGUUCUGGUACACAAGGUGAAAGUGCCUACCUACUACCAACUGUCUUUAUUAACUACCUACCUACCCGACCUUGUUUCCACCCAAGUCUCAGCAACUCAACGCAGCCUCCCCUGUUUCCCUUCUCUAAUUUAUUUCAUCUCAUCAAACAAACCGCCGAUCAUGUCUCGCCAGAUCCAACAACCAUCCAACCAAAUCAAGCUCACAAACGUCUCCCUCGUACGCCUCAAGAAGGGAAAGAAGCGCUUUGAGCUCGCCUGCUACAAGAACAAGGUCCUCGAGUGGCGAUCCGGGAUUGAGACAGAUCUCGAUAAUGUCCUCCAGAUCCCAAAUGUCUUCCUCAACGUGUCCAAGGGGCAAACAGCGCCUCGUGAGGAUCUCGACAAGGCCUUUGGCAAGGGCAAGUCUACUGACGACAUCAUCCUUGAGAUUUUGAAAAAGGGCGAGAUGCAAGUCGGCGAGAAAGAGCGCGCGGCGCAGACAGAGCGGGUGCACAACGAAGUUGUCAGCAUAGUCGCUAGCAAACUGGUCGAUCCAAGAACCAAGCGCGUCUACACUUCUGGCAUGAUCGAGAAGGCUCUCGACAUGCUCAGCUCACAGGCUCACACCGCGACACCAGAUAAGAGCGCUGCUGGAAGUGUUACUGGAACACCUGCGACUGGAGAAGCGGGCGAAGCUAAGCCCAGGGCUCAGCACAACUGGACGGGGGUAAGCACGACCAAGAGCGCAAAGAGCCAGGCCCUUGAAGCUAUGAAAGCCCUCAUCGCUCAUCAGCCCAUUCCAGUGGCGAGGGCACGCAUGAGACUUCGUAUCGCCUGUACCACCAACGUCCUCAAGCAAGCCGUGAAAGGAGCCAAGGGAGGCAACAAGGAAGAAGACGGCGAGCAAAAGGCUGUGGGGACAGUCAAGGAUAAGAUCCUCAGUUACGUUGAGCAAGUCGAGAGUCAAGAUGUCGUUGGUUCGGAAUGGGAAGUGGUAGGCUUUGUAGAACCUGGAGCCUUUAAGCCCCUAUCCGACUUUAUUGGCAAUGAGACCAAGGGGCAGGGAAGAGUUGAGGUUUUGGAUAUGGCUGUCACGCACGAGGAUUGAGUGAAAGGCACAUUUAAGCAGUCAAAAGAAAAACCAUGAUACCCUUGCCUAGAAUCAUACAGUAUCUUUUCCCUUCCGUAGGAAAGCCACAUUGCCCCCGGCUCACCCUGUCGUUGACUUCGUAGAACCAUAAACUUCACGUGUUUGCAGCAUGGACGGUUCCUGCUCCCUCA